AUGGAGGCUGAAGCUGAAACUCUACUAGCAAUGAUCGCUAGCAAGAUGGAGUACCACCAUACCUCCCUCGUGGCGGUCCUGAAAGCUGAGAGAGCUAUGGUUGGAGAAGAGGAUAUGGAUUACAGCCCGGAUCUGAGGUCAGUCUUACUGCAGGAGACUGCGGGAUCCUAUAGUGGAGCGCCUGUCAAUAGCCUCGAUGAGGAUCACAGUCUGGAGGGGCCGUGUGGGGACAUUGGAGACUAUCCCUUAGGCUGUGUACAGCCGGACUCUGGGCCUUGCGCGCUCUUCCCCAGGCUGCUUACCCAGCUCAUUCCUGAAUAUGGACUUGCCAAAUCCAGUUCUGCAGUUCUGAAGUUGCUGACCUUGUCCGUUACCAGCUACAAGUUUGUGAAGCCCUAUCCUGCAAUUUUUGUUGGUGACCCAGUUUAUUUAAUUCUGAUGUCAAAACCCACAGCAGGUAGCUCUUUUCCUGCACUGCAGACAGAAGUUGGAUGCUUUCCAGUGCUUCAGAGUUCCAGUGGAUGUGAUGUCAUUGAUCUUUCCUGUCAGUUUAACGUCUGUAGCUUUCCUAUCUGUGGCUUCAGCACAUUAAGUGUCUUCUUCUUGAAAGAUGGAGAUGUGGAUGUAUUCCUGCGUAGCUUUGAGAAAGUGUGCAGACAGUUCCAGUUGCCAAGGGAGCAGUGGGCCAAGUACCUUACCCCUGGCCUGAAAGGUCCUGCACUGGAGGCGUUUGCUGAACUACCCCCAGAGUUUGAUCAGGACUAUGAUUCCAUUAAAGCUGCACUGCAGAGGAGGUACAAUCUUACUCCUGAAGUUUACCGAAAGAAAUUCCGUUCUCUGCAGAAAGGUUUGUUAGAGAACUAUAUUACAGCUGUUGGAAACUUGAGGACAGCCUUUAAACAGUGGGUCAGAGGAUUAAAAGUUGCCACUAUGGAGGAGCUGGAAGAUUUGAUUGUGAAGGAGCAAUUUAUGCAGCUGUGCCCAGCCGGAGUUCAAGAAUGGGUUUUAGAUCGGAAGCCCAUAACAGCAUUGGAAGCUGGCAAGCUGGCUGAUUUUUACACAGCUAACAGGUCUCCAGAGAAUGGGAGGAAAUCCUUUUCUAAGGGGGGAUCCACCUGUAAAGGAGCUGCUGCACGACCCCCCUUCACAAAGCCUGCUGUGCCUUUAUCCAGUGUGUCUGCUCCCUCUGGGAAAGGAGGGGCGAGUGCUGCAUCUGGGCAGGGGGAUACCCGCAGAUGUUUUGUUUGCAACAAAGUGGGCCACAUCAGCUCCACUUGCCCAGAGAGGAUUAACUUGGGGCAAUCAGCUGGAGGAAGUAAUCCCUCAGAAAUACCAGCAUCUAUUUUGUUUGUUACCUGUCCAGAGGAAAACAACCAUGAGAACUUGCAACCUGUGACUGUUGGAGAUAAGGUAACCCUAGGGCUAAGGGACACAGGUGCAGAAGUGACUAUGGUGCAUCCAAAGCUAGUGAACUCUGAGAACAUUAUCCCUGGAAAGACUCUAGCAGUUAAAGGGAGGGGAAUGAAACUUGCAGUGCCUAUGGCACGUAUAUAUCUUGAUUGGGGAGUGGGGAGAGGUUUAAGAAAUGUGGGGGUAUCUGAAAAUAUUCCUAAUGAUGUUUUACUGGGUACUGAUUUGGGUAGAUUGUUAUCUCUUUAUGUGCCU